CCCAGGCGGGGUGAGGGGGCGGCUGCCGCGCAGACUCAGGCCGGCCCUCGCCCCUGUCUGCCUAGCGUCUUCCGCAGCUCGGCGCGGCAUGGCUCUGCGGCUGCUGUUGGGCCGAGCGACGAGGCCAGCUCUGCUGUGCAGCUCUUUGAGGAGAACUAGUUCUAAUGUGGAAGGAAAGUCUGAACCUAUACAGAAAUCCCCUAAAAAAUCAAAAUUACCAGUAGGUCGUCUUGAUGAACCAGAGGAGUCCAAUAGAGAGAGAGAACCACUGGAAAAAUUUCCAGAUGACAUCAAUCCUGCUACAAAGGAAAAGGGUGGACCCAAAGGCCCUGAACCUACUCGUUAUGGAGAUUGGGAGAGAAAAGGACGUUGUAUAGAUUUUUAAUGCACAAAUGUAUCUACAUUGCUAAUAGAAUGUUUGAUACUUGUUUAAAGAAUUUACUGUAGAUAGAGAAAUUUCACCUAAUAGUUCCUUUUAAUUCUUAAAUGGAGCUUCUUUUUUCCAACAUGUAUUUGAGGAAUAUCCUGAGGGAUGUUUUCUGCAAAUAAACAUUGUUAGUCAAUAUUAA